AUGAUACAUUUUCAUCCAAGUGAUAAGGAUACUGUUAUAAGAGAAUACAUUCAAAGGGAACUUUGUCAACCUAAAACAUUUGCCUUUCCUUUUGGUACUUUUAGGCAAAGAAUACGUCGAUUUAACCCCAAAUGGUUUGAUGAUCAUGGAGAUUGGCUUGAAUAUAGUAUUGAAAAGGAUGCAACAUAUUGUUUUGGUUGCUAUUUGUUCAAAAAAGACAACGCUGGAAGAGGGGAGGUAAAAGAGCGCUUUCUUGGUAUUAUUCAUGUUGCUAAUACUGUUGCUGCUACUCUUAAAGAUGCAAUUGAAUCAUUACUUAUGGAGCAUUCUCUAAGUUCGAUUAAUGGUCUCAAAACACUUAUCUUGAAUGAUUCUCCAUCUGCAUAUUGUGUGCAUUGUUUUUCUCAACAACUCCAAUUGACGCUAGUUGUUGUUGCUAAAAAUAACACUGAUUGCAGCUGGUUAUUUGUUGAUGUCCUUCCUCUUUUCUUGAAUUUUGUUGGUGGUUCACCUAAGCGGAAAGAAUUUCUUCGAGAGAUACAAGCUUAA